AAAUCUGAAAAGUUAAUCAGUUGUUGUAGGAGGUUUAAAGUAACAAGUACAAAACGAAAAUAAUGCUAGAUACACUUGGGGAUUUUCUAAAUCCAUAUAGGGAUGUUAUUGGGGCAAUAGCUGGAGCAGUAACAACUCUUCAUUCAGUUUCGAAAGCAGUUUUUCUCAACGAUAUUCGUAAAAGAGGAACUGCAGAUGGAUUUUCAGCAUUUCCGUUUUUGGGCGGUAUUGUAAUGGCAACACUUAAUUUAGAGCUUUCUUUUAUCCUUGGUGAUGCUGCCUUGAUUCGAACAAAUAUUAUUGGGCUUGUUAUCAACAUUGUGUGCCUGUUAAUAUUCUACAUAUACACGUCCAAACAAAAGCGACCGCAAAUUAGGAAACAAUUUACCAUAGCUGCCACUAUUGCUUCGGCCUGUGUCAUUUACGUUAUUUUUGAAAAUCCUGAAAAGAUUCAAACUCGACUUGGUUACUUGCUUACAGUUUUUUUUGUCCUUUUACUUGGAUUACCCUUAUUAAGGAUAAGAUCUAUUAUCAGGAAAAAAAGCUCAGAAAAUUUACCAUUUCCUAUGAUUGUUGCGGGCAUGGCAAUAGGAAUAAUGUGGCUAACUUAUGGUAUUUCAAUCAAGAAGAGAGUUUUAAUUUACCAGAAUGGAUUGUUGGUCUCCUUAUUGUCACCUCAAUUGGUCGUUUGUCUAAUUUACCCGAGAACAUCAACUAAAGCAGAAACUACCGAAAAUAAAACAGUUAAAAGGGAAUAAAUUGUGAUCCUCUGCCGUCGAUAUUUACAAAUUUUCAGGAGAGACAAUUGUGUGAUAUUUUUUUUACAAUUCUUCAUUUUAACGAGUUCCCAUGAAUACUUUUGAAAAGUAAAAUUUUGAAAUUUUCAUGAUUUAAAAGAUGUUUUAUUAAAUAAAGUGAAAUGAUUUACUGUUACGGUAAUGUCCUUAAA